AUGAAGAGUAAAGUUGAACUACUCGCCGGUGGGAAGGACAUUUUGUUCAAAAGCUUAUUCUUCCCAAUCUUGGUGUUAAUUCUUAUCACUUCUCUCUAUUUCUACUUGCCACACAAUUUAUCAUCCCUAAUGAGUGAUCUAGACAUGAGGUCAAAUGAUUCAGUGCCCCUCAACAUGAAAAGUACUACAGCCACACCCCUUCAUGCUUCCAGUAAUGAUUCAUUAUCAGUAAGUUCAGAACACAAAUGUAAUAUAUUCCAAGGAGAUUGGAUUCCAUUUCCAGAGGGACCCUAUUACACUAAUGAAACUAUAUGUGUUAUAGAUGAUAGACAGAACUGUAUGAAGUUCGGUAGACCAGAUUCCAACUUCAUGAAAUGGAGGUGGAAGCCAAGUGAAUGCGAGUUAACUCUCUUCGAUGCCAAGAGGUUCUUGGAACUAGUCAGAGGCAAGACAUUGGCUUUUGUUGGCGACUCCCUGGCAAGAAAUCAAAUGCAGUCCUUGGUAUGCCUCUUGGCUAGUGCAGCCAACCCUGUGGAUGUUUCCACCACGACAGACACAAGAUUCAGGCGGUGGCUCUAUACUGAGUACAACUUCACAAUAGCUGCAUUAUGGUCUCCUCACCUGGUUAGAACACAAUAUUAUGGUCCUGAGGGCAAUAAUGCAAAUAAUCUGAAGCUUUAUCUUGAUGAGGCUGAUGAAGCCUGGGCAGAGCAGACUGAAAAUGUUGAUAUUUUUAUAAUUUCAGCAUCACAAUGGUUUUUCCGACCAUUUAUAGGCUAUGAAAGAGGUCAAAUUGUUGGAUGCCACAUGUGCAGUGAGAGAAACAUCAGAAACUUUUCGACUUGCUACGGAUACAGAAUGGCUUUCCGGACAGCUUUCAAGACUUUUCUGAGCCUUAAAAACUAUAAUAACAAACUUGUGUUUCUAAGAACAUUCUCUCCAGCGCACUUUGAGAAUGGGGACUGGGACAAAGGAGGAAGUUGCGAGAGAACAAAACCGUUUAAAAAGCAGGAAAUGCAGUUAGAGAAGUAUAUCUUGGAUCUUUACAUGACUCAGGUGGACGAGUUUAAAGAAGUCAAAAAAGAAGGGGAAAAGAAGGGCUUGAGGUUUAGAUUGCUAGAUACUACUCGAGCCAUGGUUCUGAGGCCAGAUGGGCAUCCCAACCACUACGGGCACUGGCCACAAGAGAAUAAGACACUGGCGGACUGUGUCCACUGGUGUUUGCCAGGCCCUGUCGACACUUGGAAUGAAUUUUUACUACAUAUGUUGCAUAUGGAAGAGCCAACUUUGACUGGAAAAAAGCUAAAGAAAAAUGAUCGAGAAAAUUAG